GUGGCUGAACAUACUUAUUCAGGCGAAUUCAAAGAUUCGGAAGAGGUGUUGCGAUGGCUCCGAUCGCAUGAAGAGGUCGUCACUUGGGAUCUGACCGACGACAAUUUCGAAUCCCGAACCGACUCUCACUCACCAGACGAGGGUACCCUCGACUGUUAUGAUGCUGACGAAGCACCAUGCAAUUCGUUCAUUCCCAUGUGGGAAACCGUGGCUCAUAAACUUCGAGGUUUAGUACACGUCGGCAAAGUUGAGACUUCAGUGAAUGAUGACGUCACCGAUCGGUUCCACAUCGAUGAAAAUGAAUGCCCGACGUUUUUGCUGUCAGUUUAUGGAUCACUGUUAUCGACUGAUUCUAUCAAAUUCCAUCGUGGCAAAAUGUAUCGCUAUAAAGAAUCCGCAAAAGACGUGCGAACCCUGACCAAUUUUGCUCUGUUCAAAUUCAAAGAACAACGAGGAAUGAGG